AUGGUGGACAAGGCUAUAUACCAAACAAUGAAAAGGGAUAUCAAUGUCAGUAAACUGUCCACUUCCAUUGAGUUGAUGUCAUUUUUCAAGCGGCCAGACCCUGAGAGCAAAACGAUUUCAAGAGCUGCUGAGGUCAUGGAAAUGUCUUUGAUUCUGAUCCAAACGAGAGUGCACCAGAAAUACAAAAGAUCAGUGAAUGUUACUGGGCUUCUCUCUCCGAAUGCGUUGAAGGCUCUUACAUCUGCGUCAGGGUGUUUACCUCACAUGCAGCCUCCAACUUGUUCCAGUGGUUGCUUCGCCAGAAAGUACAGGUCGAUAAAUGGGAACUGCAACAACAGAAAUAAUCCGAGGUGGGGGGCCUCAAACACUGCUCUUGUACGGUGGCUAGCUCCAAAUUACGAGGAUGGAUUCAGCCAACCGAAAGGGUGGAAUUCUGAACACACAUACAGAGGCUUCAAGUUACCACUUGUCCGAGAAGUAACAAACAAAAUCCUACGUAUAGCCAAUAAGACUACAAUGGCAGAAGAUAAUCUAUAUUCCCAUAUCCUAGUUGAGUGGGGCCAGUAUAUUGACCACGAUUUUGCAUUCACACCUCAGAGCACGAGCCAAGCCGCAUUCCAAGGAGGAGCAGACUGCAGGACCACGUGCCAGAAUCUCAAUCCAUGUUUUCCAAUUAAGGUGCCUGAAAGAGAUCCACGUUCCAGCAUCAAUGAGUGCAUCACAUUUUAUCGUUCAUCUCCCACAUGUGGGGCAGCAGAUCAAGGAACUGACUUUGAAAGGCUGUCAAAUCUGAACUGUCGACAGCAGAUUAAUGCUGUAACCUCCUUUAUUGAUGCCUCAACUGUCUAUGGAAGCACUCCAGUUCAGGAAAGAAAGUUAAGGGACUAUUCAAGCGAGGAGGGCCUUCUUCUCAUGAACACAAAAUACAAAGAUGGCAAACGUGAGCUGUUGCCAUUUGUGGAUCAGGAACCAUCCCCAUGUGCUCAAGAGCCCAAUAUUACUCAGAAUGAAAGGGUAGAAUGUUUUCUUGCUGGAGAAAGCAGAGCAAAUGAGGUUCUUACUCUAGCUUCAAUGCACACAUUGUGGAUGCGUGAGCAUAAUCGGUUAGCAAAGACUUUGCACAAGGUAAACCCUCACUGGAAUUCAGAAACCAUCUACCAUGAAGCACGUAAGAUUAUUGGUGCUCUGCAUCAGAUUAUUACGAUGAGAGACUAUAUUCCUAAAAUCCUUGGUUCUCAAGCAUUUGAUCAGUUUAUUGGAACAUAUGAAGGAUAUGAUGAAACAGUGAAUCCCACUUUGUCCAAUGUGUUUGCAACCGCUGCAUUCCGUUUUGGUCAUACAACUAUCAGCCCGAGGAUACAAAGACUUGAUGAAAAUUACAAGGAGCAUCCCACAUAUCCAAGCAUAAAUCUCCACAAGACUUUUUUCAGUCCUUGGCGAAUCAUUAAAGAAGGGGGCUUAGAUCCACUGUUCAGAGGGCUUCUAGCAAAGCCAGCAAAACUUCAAAUGUCAAGUCAAAUGAUGAUUGAAGAAUUGACAGAGAAAUUAUUUGCUCUGACUAAUGCUGUAGCUCUGGAUUUAGCAUCACUGAACCUACAAAGAGGGCGUGACCAUGGUCUUCCAGGAUACAAUGACUGGAGGGAAUUUUGUAAACUUGAAAGAUUGGAAACCAAAGCCAAUUUAAGGAAAGUAAUAUCUGAUUUAGAUUUUGUUGAAAAGAUAAUGGAUCUUUAUGGGCAUCCAGACAAUAUUGACAUUUGGCUCGGUGGCUUGGCAGAAGAUUUUCUCCCUGCAGCCAGAAUUGGCCCAUUAUUUGCUUGUUUAAUUGGAAAACAAAUGAAAGCUUUAAGAGAAGGCGAUAGGUUUUGGUGGGAAAAUCCUGGUGUCUUCACAUCUGCUCAAAGAAAUGAACUUUCCCAACACUCACUGUCCCGUGUCAUUUGCGAUAAUACUGCAAUCACUGAGGUGCCACUGGAUGCUUUUAGAGUAGGACAGUACCCAGAAAACUUCAUAGACUGUGAUCAGGUUCCUGGGCUGAACCUCCUGGCAUGGCGUGAAAAUCCUCAACAAGGAUCAUGUGGCCCUCCACCUCAAAUAGAAAACGGAGUAUUUGUGCAGUGUGCCAGUUCUGGGCAAUCCAUCAUCUCGUAUGUCUGUCAUCAUGGUUUUCACUUGCUUGGCCCAGAGGAGUUGACCUGCAGUAUCAGGGGAUGGAGCAGUGAUCCACCAAUCUGCAAAGACAUUAAUGAAUGUGAAAAUGCUGCAAGGCCUGCUUGUCACAGUUCUGCAAGUUGUGUGAACAUUAAAGGAAGUUACAGAUGCAUCUGCUCAGAUUCCUACCUCCUUUCAGAGGAUGGACACAGCUGCACUGGUAACAUUCCGUACAAAUAA